AUGGGUCAGACAGGUCACAUGGGUCCAGGGCCAGGGGUCCAGGGUCCAGGGCCACAGGUCACAUGGGUCCAGGGCCAGGCCAGACAGGGUCCAGGGCCAGGCCACAUGGGUCCAGGGCCAGGCCAGACAGGUCACAUGGGUCGAGGGCCAGGCCAGACAGGUCACAUGGGUCCAGGGCCAGGCCACAUGGGUCCAGGGCCAGGCCAGACAGGUCACAUGGGUCCAGGGCCAGGCCACAUGGGUCCAGGGCCAGGCCAGACAGGUCACAUGGGUCGAGAGCCAGGCCAGGCCAGACAGGUCACAUGGGUCCAGGGCCAGGCCAGGGCCAGGCCAGACAGGUCACAUGGGUCGAGGGCCAGGCCAGACAGGUCACAUGGGUCCAGGGCCAGGCCACAUGGGUCCAAGAGGGCCAGGCCAGACAGGUCACAGACAGGUCACAUGGGUCCAGGGCCAGGCCACAUGGGUCGAGGGCCAGGCAGGGCCAGGCCACAUGGGUCACAUGGGUCCCAGGGCCAGGCCAGGCCACAGGUCACAUGGGUCCAGGGCCAGGCCAGGGCAUGGGUCCAGGGCCAGGCCAGACAGGUCACAUGGGUCCAGGGCCAGGCCACAUGGGUCCAGGGUCCAGGCCAGACAGGUCACAUGGGUCCAGGGCCAGGCCAGACAGGGCCAGGCCAGACAGGUCACAUGGGUCAGGGCCAGGCCACAUGGGUCCAGGGCCAUGGCCAGAGGCCAGGUCACAUGGGUCCAGGGCCAGGCCACAUGGGUCCAGGGCCAGGGUCGAGGGCCAGACAGGGUUCAGCUGAUUCCUACACUAGUAGACCCUCAGAUUCCGACGUGUCCCUGGAGGACGACCCGGAGGCGUCUCGGCUAGAAGCCGAGCGCCAGGCCCAACUGCAGCUGGAGAGAGCCAAGUCAAAACCCGUAGCAUUUGCAGUGAAGACCAACGUGAGCUACUGUGGUGCUCUAGAUGCUGACUGUCCUGUCCAAGGUGCUGCUAUCAACUUUGAAACCAAAGACUUUCUACACAUAAAAGAGAAAUACAGCAAUGACUGGUGGAUUGGUCGGCUGGUGAAGGAAGGGGCAGACAUAACUUUCAUCCCCAGCCCGGUGAAACUGGAGGCCAUGCGGAUCAAACAGGAACAGAAACAGGCCCAGAGGAAAGCGGCGAACUCAUCGUCGGGUUGGAGAUCCGCACCACCUAGUGCAGGUGACAGGAAGCAGAAGCAGACAGAGCAUCUCCCACCCUAUGAUGUUGUUCCUUCCAUGAGGCCGGUGGUGUUGGUGGGGCCGUCACUGAAAGGCUAUGAGGUAACAGACAUGAUGCAGAAGGCCCUGUUUGACUUCCUGAAACACAGGUUUGAUGGAAGAAUCUCUAUCACGCGGGUGACUGCUGAUCUGUCAUUGGCCAAAAGGUCUGUAUUGAACAAGAAGGCUAUCAUGGAGAGGUCCAACACACGCUCCAGUCUUGCUGAGGUCCAGAGUGAGAUUGAGAGGAUUUUUGAGCUGGCUAAGACUCUACAGCUCGUAGUUCUGGACGCAGACACUAUCAACCACCCAGCACAGCUCCUCAAAACAUCCCUGGCUCCUAUCAUCAUUUACGUUAAGGUGUCCUCUCCAAAGGUUCUUCAGAGGCUCAUUAAAUCUCGGGGGAAAUCUCAAAGUAAACACCUCAAUGUACAGAUGAUGGCAGGGGACAAACUAGCACAGUGUCCACCGGAGAUGUUUGAUGUGAUCCUGGAUGAGAACCAGCUGGAGGAUGCAUGUGAACACCUAGCAGAAUACCUGGACAUCUACUGGCGCGCCACUCACCUGCCCUGCUCCGCCCCCCUCAACCCCCUAUUGGACCAGAGCGAGGUCACCCCGCCCUCCGCUAACUCCAGCCAACAGUUCUCCGAGACUCAAGAGUUAAUAGAAUGAUCACUCCCUCGCUACCACAGGUCUGGAUCUGGUAAAGAGACCAAUCCAACUCGACCAAAAUUCCAUGUCAACCCCAUUCAGAAUCUCCUCAUUGCCCUCCAUAAAAAUUAGCCUACAUUUAAGCUAUUGUUUAUAUGUGUAUUUGACACUAUUUUGGAGUGAAAAUCGGAUUAAAAUGCUUGUAUGGAUGUCAACCCCAAUACAGGUUCAUGUCAUCAUCACUAAUCAACUGAUUUACACUUAAAAACGGCUUCAAGUACUACCACCGAUUUCUAUAUGCUAGCUACGCUACCAGCUUCUACGAACAGAAAUUAGCAUUUAACAGACUUUUUUAUAAUCACGAAAAGGACUAUUUCUAAAUAUUAUGCAGCGAAAACAGUAGCAACCACAUUGUGGGCCUGUUAGAACACAAAGAUCUUGACAGAUUUGAAGAAUAUCCACUUUGUAUAAUCUGAUUUUUAGAAUGUGUUUAUAGAUGGUAUCCUUGUUGUUUCCCCGCGGUCUGCGUUCCAUUGAUCUCUUAACGGCAUAUAUUGCUCGCUUUCGCUUGCUUGAUAACUUGUUUUUUUCCCUGGUCUGUUUUGUAUUGUGUUUCCGUAGCUAACUGUUUUUGUAGGUGUUAUAUAGUGACACAGAGGAAUCAAACAUAUAUGAAUCAGAGCACAUCAAAGCACAUUAUCAAAGCACAAACUUGCACACUGUCAUCUACAACUCUUAUGUAUAUUUAUAAUGUAUCAACAUAAUGGAUCUACAGAAGAUCAGAGUAGUUUUGCCAUUGAAUCCACCAAUCAGAUCGCAGAUAGGGACCGAGAGAGAAGGAGUCAGACCAGACACUUUUGCAUGUCUGCCUGAAAUGUAUAUAUACAUUUUUUUAAUGACCAUAAAGAUCAUCAGUACUUGAGGAGAUACGUUAACCAUUUGUAGGGAAGUUCUAAACUUUUAGGCAACACACGAACACUUUCCCUAAAACCAAUUCCAGACUGUCCAGAAUGUAUCACUGUGCAGCCUACAGUACAGGACUUUACUGCUAUUUGAGCAGUUGAUUAGCACUUCUUAUAACAAGAUCAGUUAAAGUUCUGAUAAUUAAUUCAGUUAAAGUCCCAGUGCUCCAGUGUUGAGUAGCCUAUAAAUGAUGCUUCCACUAUAAUUCAGUUCUUACGAAUUGUGAUGUAAAUCAAGCCAUUCCACUGUAAUCACAAGGACUGUGACAAAGCAGAGAGGAAGAGGAAGAGAGAGGCCCAACUCUGCAGCAAAUCGGUCUCCCUCCAGCAGGUGGCGUUUUUAUGUUGUUUCACCCAUCAAGCAAUGAGUUUUUGGAUGGUUGUCAAUGAGAGAGUGUUGAAUUUGGUCAACAAAAUAAUUUAUGGGUUAUUUGCUACGUGAGGUUUAUUUGAUCAAAUAGAAGUUUCGUAAUGCUUAAAUUGUUACUAUUGUACUGAUAUAAGUUGGAAAAAACACUUUAUAUCGGAGUUGUCUCGAAAUGGCUAUGCAUAUUUAUGGCAUGAGGCUAGUAGCAUAGCGUCUCUCUCCAUUGAAUACAGGAGGUUGAUGUCAACAACCCUCAUUGAAUAUUUAAAAAAAAUGAUUAUAAUAAUGAGAUGUAUCAACCAAUCCAAAGAAAGGAUAGGGGGGAGCUAGACAGCCCGCUGUGCCGCUUUGUGGACAACGACUCCCAUUGUUAGGGAGGAGAGACGUAUAUCUUGUCAGUAUAUCCAUAAUCCUUGGCCAAAGGGUGUCCAUAGCACUUCCUGUCAUUCAUGUGUGUGGAGCGAGGGACCUCUAGUGGUGGGCUUGUGUCACGACACCUGAAGUGACAUAGUAUUCAAUGUUACCCAAUUGUAAUACCAUAAUAGAAUGUCAACUUAUAAUAAAUCUGAAUAUAAUAGGUAAUCUAUUCACUAUGGAUAGGAGAAUGAUGAUGUGUUGACCAUAUGUAGAUCAAACACCAUUUGUAUGAGCUUCCAACCUUUACCAAUUCGUAACAUAUUGUAACAUAUUCGUAACAAAUUGCUACGAAUUGGAAUUAGCAACAUAUCAUACACAUUUCAGGAUUAUAAUUUCAAUUAAUCAAGCAAAUGUAUUUAUAAAGCCCUUCUUUACAUCAGCUGAUGUCACAAAGUGCUGUACAGAAACCCAGAAAUCCAGAAAUCUCUACCGCACCUGCUGUCUCUAGAGAGUUGAAAACAGCAGGUCUGGGACAGGUAGCAUGUCUGGUGAACAGGUCAGUUUAACAGUUGAAACUGGAGCAGCAGCACAGCCAGGUGGACUGGGGACAGCAAGGAGUCAUCAGGCCAAGUAGUCCCGAGGCAUGGUCCUACGGCUCAGGUCCUCCGAGAAAGAAAGAGAAAGGGAUAGUAAAAGAGAGAGAGAAAAUUAGAGAGAGCAUACUUAAAUUCACACAGGAAACUGGAUAAUAACAGACAGGAGGGGUCAGGAGACACUGCGGCCUUGUUCGACGAUGCCCCCGGACAGGGCCAAACAGGCAGGAUAUCACCCCAUCCACUUUGCCAAAGCACAGCCCCCAAACCACUAGAGGGAAAUCUUCAACCACCAACCUACUAUCUUGAGACAAGGCUUAGUAUUGCGUAUUGUGCACAGCAUCGUACGAAAGGGAUGACGUUGUGCACAGCAUCGUACGAAAGGGAUGACGUUGUGCACAGCAUCAUAUGAAAGGGAUGACGUUGUGCACAGCAUCGUACGAAAGGGAUGACGUUGUGCACAGCAUCAUAUGAAAGGGAUGACGUUGUGCACAGCAUCAUAAGAAAGGGAUGACGUUGUGCACAGCAUCAUAUAAAAGGGAUGACGUUGUGCACCAUUUUCACCAACCCGUUUUGGCUCAUGAGCGCUACUUUCAAAACUACUGGUUAAAUUAUAAAACACCUUUAUAAGGUUUCUUUAAAGGAGCUACGUGUAUGUUUUUUUGCAUAGUAGUACAGACCUGAAGCUUUCCCAAGAAAACACGAGCUUUAAGCACAGAGCAGCACGCAUCUCAGUACAGAGAAACACUCACAUAAGUAUUGCUUUGUCAUUACAUAAAACUAUACAUUAAUGAAAUGAAUUACUACCACAGUUAAUUAAAUGUAUGUGCAUGACAACAUAUUUAUUUUUUACAAGUAGAAGGAUAUCUCAUAUUUAUUUUACAAGUAAAAGGAACGUCAUAUUUAUUUUACAAGAACAUAUCAUAUUUCUCUCUAAGUAGAAGGGCUUUCCAGGACCAUAAUAAGUCACUAUAGCUUUUUACUUGUCAUUCUGAAGAGAAAAUGAAUGGAUGACAAUCACAUUAUGUAUUCAGUAUUUAUGUAUCAUUACAUAUUUGUAUAUAUUGUAUAUUUAAGCAAUAAGGCCUGAGGGGGUAUGCUCUAUGGCCAAUAUACCACGGCUAAGGGCUGUUCUUAGGCACAACGCAACAUGGAGUGCCUGGAUACAGCCCUUAGCUGUGGUAUAUUGUACCAUGUACCACAAACCCCCAAGGUGCCUUAUUGCUAUUAUAAACUGGUUACCAACUUUAAAAAUAUAUAUGUUUUGUCAUACCUGUGGUAUAUGGUCUGAUAUACCACGGCUGUCAGACAAUCAGCAUUCAGGGCUCGAACCACCCAGUUUAUAAUUCAUUCUCAGUUCUUCCUCAGUAAUAUUAAGGUGCACAAAAUCUACAAAUGUUGACAGACAACAUCUAGGAAAUGUACUGUAGACCUACUUAUAUGCUCAUGUCUUCAAAGCCUCAUAAGCAUGUAUUUAUAUGAAACACUGAACGUGUCCACUACUUUUGAGCAGAGCCAUGUGCCCUGGUCAAACGAUGUGCACUACAGGGGACAGGAGGCUGUUCAGAUGCAACCACUGUAAUUAUUUCCAUUGAUUGACCUCUAACCUAACAUUUUUGCAGUUUUGAGAGACAUUAUAAGGCUUGAGAACUACACAACACACACACACACAUACACCAACCAAGCACAGUUUCACUGCUGAAACACAGCAAUCUGAAUCAAUCUCACUUGCAUUCCAUUUUUAUUGCAGGUAAUUUAUAUAUAUUUUUUAAACAAGUAAAAUCUUUGGACAUCCGAAGCACAAUUUUUUACUAUUAUAAUUUUCAAUCGUUUUUCCCCCCGACAUACCUAAAUUCUGUAUGCAAUACAAAGUCUUCUAGCUUCGACAAGACAGUAGCUGAACCUAUCAAGACUCCUCUUCUGUUUAAGACGGGGUAAAAACUGCACUAUUUUUAUUUUUAUGUCUGAUUUAUAUUUAUACUGCAAUACAUGCACCUCUGCUGUACCCACCACCACCUCCAAUACUGAAUAUGAUGUCUGGUGUAAUAACAACAAUGUUCAGAAAUGUCAACAUAUGAAAUGUCCUACUAACCUGCUGUAACCGAUAAUGUACAGAAUGCAUCUGUUUUCAAUAGCACAUGAUGAAAAAUAAGAACAUAAAUGAAUAAACAAAACAUUUUACUGAUGUUUACAAA